CCCACCGCAUCCUCCCUACUCGCCUACACCCCGCAUAAUAUCCGCAAACAUGGGCCUCCCUACAAAAAUUAUCAAACUCAUCGCCAGCAAGGUGUUUGGGGUUAACUUAAACUUUACCCGGUACUUGGGGAUUGAGGACCCCUACUACGAGAUUGUUGAAACCCCUACGGUGGAUAAGCACGGCAGGCCCACCCAUCCGAAGACUAGAAAACUCCACAGACGCAAGAGGCCUAUUCCUGCAGGUAUCAACGCUCACGACGAAUCAUGUUUGAAGCUGGUCAAAAGCGCGGCUUACCGUCUUGACAUGUGGUUUGGGUUCUUGGGAAUCCAUGUCGGGGUCAGCUCACUCUUUGGUUUGAUUCCCGUUGUGGGUCCGGUCAUCAACGGUAUCUUCUCCUUCUAUAUCUACUACCUCUGUACCCAGACUUCUGAGAGCUUGCCGCUCUGGCUUCACGCCCAGUUGUUGUUCAACAUUGCACUUGAUUUUGUUUUGGGGUCCAUUCCGAUCGUUGGGGACAUCAUUCUUCUCGCAUACAAGGCCAACAGCCGUAACUGCUUGUUGCUCAACAAGCACUUGACCUUUGUGGGGGAGAGAAACCAGGGUAUUGUUGACUUGGACGAGAUGGGCGAGUUUGGCUCUAUUAACAACUUGGAUCCAAGGGUGUCCAAGAAAUUGCGCCAGGUGGCCGAUCAGUUGCCGGAAAACUUGGACAAAAAGGCUGUCUCGGCCUUCAGCAAGGUUUCGGAAACCGUCGCCGCCAGCUUGAAGCAGAAAAAAGCAGAACCAGCUGCCUAAGAUUUAUGGCGAUUACACCACCCAGGUAAC